AUGGGAGAUAGCGAAUUCGAAUGUCCUGUGUAUGGUAGUUAUGCUGCUCAAAGUAAUGAUGUUGAAACUGGAAAUAAUGUAAUUUUACCAAUGGAACAAAAUAUAAGAGAGGAAAAUAUUGAAAAUGCUGUUGUAAAUAAUUUUAAAUCACCAAGACGGUCACUUAGACUUACUAGAAACAAUGAGGAUAUGAGUAAUAAAAAUAUACCGGACCAUACUUCAGGAUCUGGAUUACGAUGUUCCGUUAAAAACUGCUUUAACAGGCAUUCAAAGAUUCUUAGUCUCUUUGGCUAUUCUAAGGAUUUCACGCUCAGAAAAAAGUGGAUAGAAAAAUGUGAAAUAAAAAAAGGUCCUGCUAAAAUAGUAAAACCUUGUACAAGAGUUUGUAUUACUCAUUUUGAACUAGAAUGUUUCAAGAAUACUGCAUUAAAAAAUAGAUUAAAACCAGGUGCUAUUCCAUCAUUAUUUUUUGAUAGUGGUAAUACAAAAAUUUCGAUGGUCAGCAAGCUGAGCAAGUCUUCAAUCAGUUGCAAGUCGACGAUCCGCAAGUACAACAAGGCUACGACUAGCAAGUCAAUGGUCGGCCAGCCGAACAAGGCUACGACCGCCAAGUAG